AAGAGACCUUAUAUAAACCCAGCCAGUCGUCGAUGGACUGAUCAAUCCAUCAAACAUAACAACUGUCUUAACACAACCAACCUCACAAAGCUCAUCUAUCAAUCAAAUUUAUUUACUCAUAUUCACAAGAACCACACUACUGCCCAUCAUGUCCGGACUUAUGCACAAGGUUAAGGAUGCCAUGACUGGCCACCACGACAAGUCCAGCAACACUUCGUCCUCCAACGCUGGCCCUCAUUCCUCCAACGUUGCCAACAAGGUUGACCCCCGCGUCGAUAGCGAUCGUGACAACCGCGCCCGUCACGAAGCUAUGGGUGGUGCUCACGGUCCCCACGACUCCAGCAUGGCCAACAAGAUGGACCCUCGCGUCGACAGUGACCGUGACAACCGUGCCCACCCCUCCGGCGGUGCUGGUACCUCUGGUGGCGCCUACACCACCGGCGGUAACUACGGAGGUAGCACCAACGCCGGACCCCACGGCUCCAAUGUCGCCAACAAGGCGGAUCCCCGUAUCGACAGCGACCGCGACAACCGUGCUCGUCACGAAGCCCUCGGCGGAGCCCAGGGACCUCACAGUUCCAGCACAGCAAACAAGAUGGACCCCCGCGUUGACAGCGACAGAGACAACCGUGCCACUGGCGGCUACACAGGAACCGGUGCAGGCGCAGGCUACGGCGGAGGUGCUCGUGACUACACCACCACUGGCGGAUAUGGCGGAGCAGGCACCGGCUCUGGCUACAGCGGAGGUGCCGGCGACUACACCACCGGCAGUGGCUACGGAGGCAGCACCAAUGCCGGACCCCACGGCUCCAACGUUGCCAACAAGAUGGAUCCCCGCAUCGACUCCGACAUGGACAACCGUGCCCGUCACCAGGGUCUCGCCAGCAGCAGCUACAACGCCCCCGGUCAGAGCACCGCCGGUCCCCAUGGCUCCAAUGUCGCCAACAAGAUGGACCCCCGCGUCGACUCCGACCUCGACAACCGGGGAACCUUGGGAACCCAACGUGGGUUUUGAGGGCCUCGUUGAACUCCAAGAAGA